AUGACGCCAAGUGUUUUACGCUUUAAUUCUGUUGAGGAGGAAAAGAAAAAGAAGAAGCAGGAAAAUGUGGUGCAGGUAAAGAGCGCCGCCACCACUACCAAGGAGGCUGGAAAUCUCACUGAGGCUGAGCUGAAAAAGAUUGAAAAGAAGAAGGCGAAAAAAUUGGCCCAGAAGCUGAAGAAGGCACAGAAAAAGGCGGCUGGAAUAGCUGAGGGAACGAAGGUAGAAAAGAAGAAGGAGGAAAAUAAGGCAGAAGAAGGCCAGGGUAAGGCUGCAAAGAAGGCCAAGAAACGUAAAUUGGAGUUGUCCGAGCAGGAGCAACAAUCUGCUGAACAGGUACCCAAUAAAAAGAACAAGAAGAAGAACAACAAGUUAGCCAAGGAGGAUGCCAACAAAGAAGAGGUUGCAGAAAUUGAAAAGAAACUGGUGGCCCCCAAAGUUACAUCUGAGGCUUCCGAACGUGUCCAAUUGAAGAAGGAAAAGAAACUAAAGAAACGCGAAGAAUUAAAGGCACAAAAAUUGGCCGAGAAAAAACCCAGAGAUCCGGCCGAAGAAGAGGCCACAGUAUUUGUGGGUAAUCUGCCAGUCAAUACCAAACGUGUACAAUUGACCAAGUUGUUCAAAAAAUAUGGACCUGUCAACUCAAUACGUUUACGCACGGCAGCUGGUCAAAUUUUACAUAAACAUAAAAUGCGUAAGGCCGCUGGGGCCCUUAAUGCCUAUGUGGUACUCACAAGCAAGGAGGCGGCUGAAAAGGCAUUGGAACUGAAUGGAAGCGAAUUCAAGGGUAUGCAUUUGCGUGUCACCAAAUCGAGUUUGAAACACUCAGCCUCGGCCCUGGAAUCGAAGGAGGAGGCCAAGCGUACCAUAUUUGUGGGAAAUUUGAAAUAUACUGCCACCGAAGAAUCUCUGCGUGAGACCUUUAGCAGUUGUGGCGAAAUCGAAUAUGUCCGUUGCAUUCGUGACAAGGACAAGGGCUGCAAGGGAGUGGCCUAUGUCCGUUUCAAAACUGCCGAUGCCGUGGGCUUGGCCUUGGAACUGAAUCAAACCCUGCUGGAUGAUCGUCCCAUAAAUGUUGAACGUUAUAGUGUCAAAAAACUGGGUGCCAAGGAGCAACGUGAUGUCCAGGCUGCCAAAGAGAAACUUCAUCAAAAACACAAUAAGAAGGCGGGUGGUUCUGGUGGCGAUAAAUCCAAAAAAUUCAAUAAAAACAAAAAUUCAAAUUCCCAGCCAAAACAAUCUCAAGGGGGUGAUGGCGAGAAGAAGACGAAGAAAAGUGAAUUCCGCGGCGUUAAGGUGGAGGCCCUCAAGAAGAAACAACAGAAACAGAAAAAGAAGAAGCCCAGUCAAGCCAUGGAUAUUGCCAAGAAAAUAGCACCCAGACCGAAAAGUGACGAGUAAAGGA